ACUUCACUAGAAAAAAUUGCCGGGAACUCUCUUCUACUUUAGAGCGGCUUCCCAAAGAAGGGAAGGAAACGUUCAUGAAAACAGCAUUACACGCUUUAUUUCUCUCCUUUUUUAUUUAAGUGUCAGUCGCGUGUUUAAUUGUAUCGUUUACAUGCACGAAGGGAAAUGGACGAAUAUGACGAACUAUUCGAGAUACAGGACGAAUUCGAGGAGCAGUUCGCCGACGAGCUGGACGCGAUGGCUCAGAUGGAGGAGGAGUUCACCAAGCAGGGCAAACGUCAGAGUCGGGGUCCGGGAGACGACAUCUCGGACAUCGAGCACCUGCUGGAUGAUCAGCCCAUCACUCCAAAGGCGAAGCGGCAGAAGCAGGACGUCGGUGUGUCCAAGAGACUUUUCACCCCGACGCAAGAGAGCACAGUCCCGUCGCUCGGUGAUGACAUCACACCGCCGUCGUCUCCAGAGCAAUAUGAGCCCUCGCACACCUUCAGGUCUACCCAGGCUGCCUUGGAUAUCAGUGGCUUUGCUACGAUCCCAAAGACGCCCAGCCGACCCCCCACAGAGGCUCCAGCGUCGCGGUUUGUGUUGAAGCGACCUCCGAUAGAGGGGGAGUACAUCAGUGUGACGGAUUCAUCGGGGAGUCGGGUCUACCUCAGGCAGAAGGAAGACGCGGAGACAAAGACUGAGGACUCCAGACUGGUACCAAACCUCUGGGGUGGACUGGGACUGCUGGCAGUACCUAUAGGAGUCCUGAGAGAACAAGAGGCAGAGAGGCGUCACCAGCAGGUUGUGGAGGAAUCCCAGCGUCUCACAGACCUGUUGGCUCGCAGCGUGAACGAUGUGAUCGCUGAGUCUGAAAGCACACAAGAAGGAGAAGAAGAAGAGAACACGGAUCCAGAGGACACCGAGGGCAGGAAGUCUCGACUGUGGGUGGACAGAUUUUCUCCACGUCAUUACACGGAGCUUCUCAGUGAUGAUUUCACCAACCGCUGUCUGCUCAAGUGGUUGAAACUCUGGGACACCGUAGUGUUCGGAAAAGAGAGGAAGUCCCGCCCGGUCCGAGCUGACAAGCAAGCAGCCAAUCAGAACUCGUUCAAACCCAAUCAAGGAAAUCAGAAUCAGAAUCGCUUCAAGAGCAAGAUUGAGGUGACGGAGGAGCUGCUGGAGGCCGAGCUGGACCAGUACAAACGGCCCAAGUUCAAGGUGGCCUUGUUGUCUGGCCCUCCAGGUUUGGGGAAAACAACUCUGGCUCACGUCAUAGCGAAGCACGCUGGGUACAACGUGGUGGAAAUCAACGCCAGCGAUGAUCGAAGUGCAGAGGUUUUCCAGAAACGCGUCGACACAGCCACGCAGAUGAAGUCGGUUUUAGGAGCCAACGAGAGGCCGAACUGUCUCAUCAUCGACGAGAUCGACGGAGCGCCUGCGGCUGCCAUCAACAUACUGUUAGCGGUGCUGAACAGGAAGGACGGAGACGGCGCGGACGCCGGGGCGGAGACAUCCAAGAAGAAGAAGAAGAAGGAGUCCCCCCUGCUUCGACCGAUCAUCUGCAUCUGUAACGACCUUUAUACUCCAGCUCUUAGACCUCUCAGGCAGCAGGCCUUCCUCUUAUCUUUCCCACAAACUCAACCUUCCCGUCUGGCUCAGAGACUGGCAGAGAUCUCCCUCCGACAGGGGCUGAAGGCCGACUCAGGAACUCUGAUGUCACUGUGCGAGAAGACGGACAACGACAUCCGGUCCUGCAUCAACACGCUACAAUUCCUCCACGGCCGCGGUCACAAGCAGCUCGAUACCAAGACCAUCCAGUGUGUUAACGUGGGGCAGAAGGACCAGAACAAAGGCUUGUUCCAUCUGUGGCAGGAAAUCUUCCAGUUACCAAGAACAAAACGGAAACGUAUCGGUCAGGGCUUUGAGGAGGCACCGGGCUCAGGAGUGGGAGCUCAGAGGUUCCAGCAGAUUCUACAUCUGGCUUCGUCUAGUGGAGAGUAUGAUAAGGUUUCUCAGGGUCUGUACGAUAACUACCUGUCCAUGCGGGUGAGGGACCCUCACAUGCACAGCGUGUGCGAGGCUCUGGACUGGCUGUCGUUCUCAGACAGACUCAACCACAUCAUUAUGCACGGGCAGAACUUCACGCUGAUGAAAUACCUGCCCUUCCUGUCCGUCAGCUUUCACUUCCUGUUUGCUCACACACAUGUGCCCCGCAUCAGCUACCCCCACAGCCAGCACGAGGCCUCCACUCGUCUCCUCAGCAGCAGGAACGCUCUGGCCACCAUGCUGGCUGACAUCCCAGCAUGCAUCAGGACGAGGAUCAGCCAGCUCAGCCUGACCCUUGAUAUUCUCACGCUGCUCCUCGACAUCAUCUGUCCAAAACUACGGCCCGUGAAUCCACAGCUGUUCAGCAGCAGAGAGAAAGAACAAAUGCGUGAUCUGAUCAGCACCAUGCUGGCCUACAACCUCUCGUACAGGCAGGACCGCACACCUGAGGGACAGUACACCUACGUCCUGGAGCCGCGCGUGGAGGAAGUGGUGAGGUUCCCGGGUCUGCCUCCGCGCCGCCAGCUGACGUAUCAGGCCAAACAAACCAUCAGCAGAGAGAUGGAGCAAGAGAAGAUGAGGAGGGCCGAGCAGAUGAUCCUUCAACGAAACCCUGCACAGAAGGUGGAAGAAAAAAAGAGUGCCGGACCUAAACCGUCCAGGAACCAUCAGCAGAGACUGGAGAACAUUGUCAAACAGACCACGGUGGAGAUCAGGCCUGAGCUGGAUUUCUUUGGCCGAGCGGUCGCCCCCAAACCUCAGCGGCCUCAGCCGUCCUCAGACACAGGUGAGAAAUGUGCCGUUCUUUCUAUGGGAACCGCAGUGGGCAACAGUGACGUGUGGUUCCGGUUUAACGAGGGCAUGUCCAACGCUGUCAGGCGCAACGUCUACAUCAGAGAACUACUGUAACACGCAGACACACACACACGCACGCACGUGACUGCCUCAGCCCCCGCUGCUGUACUUGUUCCUCCCGUGCUGUGUGAAAGCAUCCACGUCGAGACACAUCCCUGUUAAAUUCAAAACAGUCUUUAUUUGGAUUGACGGUGUAAAGAGCCAAUAAAAAGGUGUUGAACAUUGCUCAGCAGUCCAUGAAAA